AAUAUUAAUAAUCCUAUAGGCAUGAUUGGGUACCGGUGAAUAUAAAACGCUCUCAUAUUAAUUCAGAAGACAUAUCAAGGCCAGAGAUCAUUAUAAUAUUUAUUCUUAAAUAUAUUAACGAUCUAUAAACCGACACUUUAUCACACCAUGGAAAACGUCAAAUCCAUAAUGCUGCUGUUUCUUAUUGUGGUUUGUGACAGUAGCUGUCCAUCUACUUGGUACGCCAUUCCUGGAAGCCGAUGCAUCAAAGUAGUCGUAGACGACAUGCAGUGGCAAAACAUAGGACCAAGUAAGACAUGCGAGAAGUUCUCCGAUGAUACAGCGGUUUCAACAUUUAUGCACGUGACCGAAGAAAACUACAAUGCUACAAAGUCGUUACUUUUAGAUCUAGUUCCUUGGUCAUCUCAAUACUAUGUGGAUUGGACCAAUGAUGGAACAGAUGUAUUUGAUAGCGAUGGAAAUGCCGUUUCUCUGUCUACCACCGCUCUCGUUUCAGGCAACUGCGUUAGUGUUGAUCUGACGACUGAUGAAGUGUAUGGAUCCUGCGGUGACACAACUGUUUCAUACGUUUGUGAAAUGAAACCAUGUGGUUAUUAGCAACGAUGUUGGAAAAUAAAGUGCGACGUCGACUGAAUCGCUGGAAUAAAUCGUAAAAAAUUGUGGAUGGUGUCGGUAUGGUGUCAUUUUGCUUUACGAUGUAUAUGCCUAGGCCUAUAUUU